AUGGCCAGUUCUCAGGGACUGCUGACAUUCAGGGAUGUGGCCAUAGAAUUCUCUCAGGAGGAGUGGGGAUGCCUGAACCACACUCAGCGGGAAUUGUACAGGGAUGUGAUGUUAGAGAACUACGGACACCUCCUCUUCCUGGGUCUUAUUGUGUGGAAGCCAGACCUGGUCAUCUUUUUGGAGCAAGAGAAGCAGCUCUGGGAUGUGAAGAGAAAGGAAACAAAUUUCCUGCCAAAGCUGUGCAUAGAAGCUUCUUUCCAAAACGUGGCAGUGGGUAGAUAUAAACAUAGUGCCCUUGACAAUUUACACUUAAUGAUAGACUGGAAAAAUGAUGGGGAGAGUGAAGGGCAUGAAAGAUAUCAUGAAGGACAUAUCCAAACUGAGACAACUGUCCAUAAUAUGAAUCUC